CGCGCAGCUCCCACGCACACGCCGCGCACCGAUCCACUUUGUUUUUAUUGGCCCCUCCAGCCCCCUGCAGACACACACACACACACACACACACGCCGCUGUCCCCGCCACCUGUAGUCCGGACGCGUUCUCAGGACGCAGAAGAUGGGGAAGGAAGCCAGACCCAACUGGGACAGCCCGGUCCAGUUCGUCCUGGCAUGCGUGUCGUACGCGGUGGGACUGGGAAACGUGUGGCGGUUUCCGUACCUCUGUCAAAUGCACGGUGGAGGGGGCUUCUUGAUUCCAUAUUUGAUCAUGCUGAUUCUGGAGGGUAUCCCCUUAUUUUACUUGGAGCUUGCCAUUGGUCAGAAGAUGAGCUUGGGCAGCAUCGGGGCGUGGAGCGCCAUCAGCCCUUAUUUGGGAGGAGUAGGUCUUGCUAGUGUUGUGACGUCCCUGUAUCUGUGUCUCUAUUACAACAUCAUCAAUGCAUGGAGUUUCUGGUACCUCUUUCAUUCAUUUCAAUCAGUCCUGCCCUGGGCAGAGUGCCCCCUCAAUACCAAUAAGACAGGACCGUUAGAGGAGUGUGAGAAGGGGACACCCACCCAGUACUUCUUCUACAGGGAGACACUGAACAUCUCUCCUUCGAUUGAGGAGCAUGGAGGCAUUCAUACAGGCCAGGCAAUGUGCCUGGUGCUGGCCUGGGUGCUUACCUACCUGUUCAUUGUCCGAGGAGUGAAGUCAACAGGAAAGGUGGUGUAUUUCACCGCCUUAUUUCCGUAUGUGGUCCUCUUCAUUUACCUCAUUCGGGGCUUCACUCUGCAUGGGGCCCUCAACGGUGUGGCAUACAUGUUCACACCAAAGUUGGAACAGCUCGCCAACCCCACUACGUGGAUCAACGCGGCCACUCAGAUCUUCUUCUCUCUGGGCCUGGGUUUUGGGACGCUCAUAGCGUUUGCCAGCUACAACCAGUACAACAACAAUUUUGAGCGACAAGCCAUCAUUGUUUCCCUCAUCAACUGUGGGACAUCCAUUUUUGCCAGCAUCGUCACCUUCGCCAUCUACGGGUUCAAGGCCACCGUCAACUACGAGAACUGCUUGGAGAGGACCCGUUUACUGCUGCUGAAUACAUUUGACCAAGCAGAGGACAGCAUCAAUAUGGACAAUGUCUUUGAGUGGAUUGAGAGGCUGAACUCAACAUUCCCAGAGCAGUUUGCUGGAAUCGCUAACAGACUGGAAGGCUGCAACCUGGAGAAGGAACUCGACACUGCGGUGGAGGGGACGGGUCUGGCCUUCAUUGUGUACAGCGAGGCCAUCAAGAACAUGCCCGUGUCUCAGCUGUGGUCGGUGCUGUACUUCGUCAUGCUCCUGCUGCUGGGGAUGGGAAGCAUGCUGGGCAACGUCACCGCCAUCAUCACCCCGCUGCGGGACUUCAAGUGUGUGUCCAAACUCAGCGACGAGUUGUUAAACGGUGUAGUGUGUGUCCUCUGCCUGCUGCUCGGCCUGGGCUUCACCACCACCUCGGGGAAUUACUGGUUCACCAUGUUCAACGACUACGGAGCCAACUUCUCCCUGCUCUUCAUCGUCCUCGUCGAGGUCCUGGCCGUCAGUUACAUCUAUGGGAUCAAAAGGUUUGAAAAAGAUAUUGAAGACAUGCUGGGUCAUCGUCCCAACUGGUACUGGAAGAUCAUGUGGGGGGGCGUCAGUCCCUUUCUCCUUAUCGCCCUCUUCAUCGUCUACAUAGUCAACUACAUCCGAGGAGGAACCCCCACCUACCAAGCAUGGAACAAAGAGCUGGGCAAGUCAGUGGUGAUGGAGUACCCCGUCUUCGCUCAGGUCUUCAUCGGGCUCCUGCUGGUGUCGUCGAUCAGCUGUAUCCCCCUCACGGCUCUAUACGUCUACUGCGAGAAGAGGAAAAAUGGACGCCGCCUCAACACGGUGUCUACUUGACAAACCCCGGGGGGGGGAAAGACCUCCCGCCAUCACCCGCCUUCGUAGACACUUCUAUACUCACACGGCGCCCCCCCCCCUUUGGUGUUGGCUGUGUUUGUGAAGUUGAAGAAGAAACGGUGUAAGGCAAGAGGCAGAGACACUGAUCAUUUUGUGUUGAAUAUAUUCCUGCACGGCUUCCAUCAGUAUUAAACUUCUGAGCCAGAUUCCAAUCAACACUUUAAAAGAGAAGUUCAAGUUGUAUUUACAUCAGAUUGCAGUUUCUUUGAUUGCCAUUUGGUAACUUUUAGAACAAAUGUAGUACAGUAUAAAAAGUCAUAAUGUGAUGAAUGUCGGACGACACGUGGCUCACUCAGUGGGUUGUGUGUGUGUGUGUGUGUGUGACGGCUGACUGCAAAGAUGUCUUAAAAAUGUCUUCCUAUUCAGCCACAGAUAUUACUGACCAAAUGGAGCUAAUUCACAGUCACAUGAAGCUUGUUUGUAGCAAUGCUCACUCCCAAACAAGUCCAGCAAUAAGAUUAAAGAAUGUUCAGCCAUUAGUAACCUUUGUAAUCUUUAUUAAAGUGAGUCAGUAUUGUAUAAGUAGGAAAGAUUGGGCCCUUUAUAUAACUACAACCAAAGUAGCACCUGUUAGAUUUAAUAAUAACCUGUUUUGUCAACUAAUAAUAUUGUGUAGCAAGUUUUCUGGUGAACAGAUUUAUACACGUGCCACAAAUGGCCUGUUUCUUUUGGACAAGUGGUCUUGAAAGGGCUGGAAAUGCUAUGAUACCUUAUCUUUAAUGUGUGUUUAACACAUACAGUCAAGCUUAAAGAAAGAGUUCUCUUGCACAGCCUCACACACAUGAAAUGUGUACAUAGUGUAGAUCAUUGUGGCAUCUAAAGGUCUAAUGAUUAAAAUGUAUGAAUUUACUUUAUUGUGUUACUGACUCAAUUAGAUGUUUGUACCAGUCUGUCAUACACAAGGAAAUAACACGUUUGAUGUCAAUUCAAAUCAGAAGUUUCCAUAUUACAUGUAAUGAGUAGUAUCCUAAACAUGUUUAUUUUGUCCUUAAUUUUAAUGUUUUUUUAUUAAAGACAAAUGUUUAUAUCAAUAA